UGCUGUAAUUGCUGCAAGUACUUGCUUUAAUGGAUACAAACCUACAUAUACACAUAGAUUUGGAUUCAUUGCUGUCUCAAUUGGUGGAAAAACUGGCAAAGUACUUGGACCCAAAUGAUUUGGGAAGAAUCAAUUUUAAGGACUUCUGUCAUGGAGUUUUUGCUAUCAAAGGCUGUGAAGAGUUACUAAAAGAUGUUCUGUCUCCUGAAAACUCUGGGACUCGACACUACGAGCCACACUAUGUUGAUUACUACUACCAGGGUGGUGAAAUCCAGGACUGUGCCUACUUGGACAGCGAAAGCGUCUACAGCGAGUUGGAGCUCUUCCCUGAUGACGACGCGAUGACUCUAGCACAGCAAGAGGUUCACCAUGAGUCGGAUAUGGACAGUGCUAUUGAGAGUGCCCAGAGCUCAGAGGCCUCCGACGUGUGUCGGAGCGAGGAGAAGGACGGUGUGCUUGGUGGUCUCUUUCUGCCUGGUGACAAGUCAAGUCCUCACAACCCUUCUGCAGCAUCUGACCUCUCAACUUAUUCCACCGCCUCUCUGAUCAGUAAUGAAGAACAGUUUGAAGACUAUGGGGAAGGAGAUGAUGUGGAUUUUACACCCAGUAGCCCAUGCCCUGAUGAUGAGACCAGAACCAACGCCUACUCUGACCUUGGCUCAUCUGUAUCUUCCAGUGCUGGCCAAACACCCCGAAAAAUGAGGCAUGUUUAUAACAGCGAGUUACUGGAUGUUUACUGCUCACAAUGCUGCAAAAAGAUAAAUCUACUCAACGAUUUGGAAGCCAGGCUGAAAAACUUGAAAGCAAACAGCCCUAACAGGAAAAUAUCAAGCACAGCUUUUGGAAGACAACUCUUCCACAACAGUAACUUCAGCAGCAGUAAUGGCAGCACAGAAGACCUGUUCAGAGACAGUAUAGACUCCUGUGACAAUGAUAUCACUGAAAAGGUAACAUACCUUGAAAAAAAGGUGACAGAACUGGAGAAUGAUAGCCUGACAAAUGGUGACCUGAAGAGCAAACUGAAACAAGAGAACACACAGCUAGUUCACAGAGUUCAUGAGCUAGAAGAACUAUUGAAAGACCAAGAAACAUCAGCAGAACAGACCUUGGAAGAAGAGAUAAAGAGACAUAGAGAAGCAUAUAGCAAGUACGAGAAAGAGAAAGGCACUGAAAUUGAACUGCUAAAUACAAGGGUUCAGCAGCUGGAAGAAGAAAAUGGUGAGCUGAAAAGCACUGUCACACGACUGAAAUCGCAAACGGAGAGAUUAGACGAGGAAAGGCAACGCAUGUCAGAUAGGUUGGAAGACACUAGUCUGCGACUGAAGGAUGAGAUGGAUUUGUACAAGAGAAUGAUGGACAAGCUGCGGCAGAACAGACUGGAAUUUAACAAGGAGAGGGAAGCCACACAGGAGCUCAUUGAAGACUUGCGGAAGGAGCUGGAGCACUUGCAGCUGUACAAGCUGGAGUGUGAGCGUCCUGGACGUGGGAGAAGCUCUUCGUCCAGCGUGAGUGAAUUCAACGCCAAAACCAGAGAGGUGGAAAUGGAGCAUGAAAUAAAACGGCUGAAGCAGGAGAAUCAGAAACUUCGUGACCAAAAUGAUGAUCUUAAUGGACAGAUCCUAAGUCUUAGUCUUUAUGAAGCUAAAAAUCUCUUUGCAACGCAAACAAAAGCCCAGUCACUGGCUGCUGAAAUUGAUUCUGCAUCAAGAGAUGAGCUCAUGGAAGCCCUUAAAGAACAGGAAGAGAUAAAUUACAGAUUGCGACAGUAUAUGGACAAGAUCAUUUUGGCAAUCCUAGACCACAACCCAUCUAUCUUGGAAAUAAAGAAUUGAAGAGAAUGUGAGAAGGAAAAGCAGCAACUGCCUGACAUUUCUGCACAUGCCACUGGAUCUAAACAACACUCUGAUACUGUAAAUUAAUAUAUAAAUAUAUAUAUAUAUAUAUAUACAGUAUGUGUGAGUGUGGGUGCGCGGGUGUGUUUAUAUGAUGUUUGGUACACUGUUAAUUGUCAUUGAAUUGGCUUGGUUAGACUUUUUCCAUGCACUUUCAAUACCUGUGAUAAGAUGGAUACUGUAUAUUAAUGUAAUAACAAUAUAACUGGAUCAUGCUGUUUUAGAUACUGGACAAAAUGACUCUACCUCUAGUUGUAAAGGUGAAAAGGACAAUGGAAACAUAUGGAUGUGGCCCUAACUUUAGGAGCAAGAAUUGUUCUUUCGUUCUUCCAGGAAUUUGGGUACCACAGACCAAUUAACAUACCCAGGUUCAGUUCCUGACUGGUGCUGACUGUGUAAUUUCCUAUUUGAUUUUGUUUUAGUACUUAAACCACACAUAGGAUUAAAAAAAAACCAACAAACUUUGGGGAAAAGGGAAGACACAAAGUAAGAGGGAAGAAGGGGAAGAUAUUGCAGAAUUGUUGCUAUUUGUGAAGAAUCACCAUCCACUUGUUUGCCACUGUCAGCACAAAGUGCUUUUUAUGUAAGAUCACUUUGGAGCUUGCUUUGGGAUGCUCUGAGCCCGCCUGCUCUUUAGCGUGUGUGCGCAUGUGUAUUUUUUAUACCAAGGUCCCUAUAGCAUUGAAGCUAAGAAGCUCUUUAAAUCCGUUCCCCUAUUUUCAGGGGUUUGUCAUGGGCCAUUGAGAUGAAUUCUGGGAUCCUGUCCCUUCCCUCACCCUUAAUUUUAAAGAUAUCAUUGAAUGAACAUGUUCUUACAAAUAAAGAAGUCAAACAAAAAAACAAUGCAUGAAAUAACUCACUAUAGGUGGAGGAGGAGCAACCCUUGAAAUUACAUGUUGAGUUUCUUUCCCACCCCAGAUACACAACACUCUUUUGAAAGGCACAAUUUGUGGUCAAGCUGUGUAGAGGACCAGCUGGAUCCUAACACAGUGGUAGAGAGAAGUCUGAUGUGGAGUGACUUUUACCUACAGGGCAGUAAAAAGAUAAAGAGCUUGGUCUUGCAGAAGUUGCCAAUCCAGACUGAGUACACACACGCAUAUCUAAAGCUCUGAACAGGGAACACAUCCUGAUUUAGAUGAGCAGUUGUGCAGGUGCUUAACUUUAAAUGUGUACUGUGACUGCUCAUAGAAGUCAGUGGGACAGAACAUAAGCUUUAAAGUUGAGUGUAUGCUUAAAUGCUGCCUUAAAUAGGGUUGGACUUCAACAUGUGCCUGUGUUCUCCUGAGCUGGAUCUGUGUACUGUAGGGCUAGGACCUUUUUAAUUAAAAAUGUAGCUUAUAUAAGGUAGCUCAUGGAAUUGUUUGGAUAGUUGAACGCUAAAAGAAAAAAUUUUAUUCCAUGCACUUUUAAAAAGUAUUUCACACUUUCGAUUCACACCAACUGACACAGAAAAAUAGGCCCAUGUCUGGCUUUCCCCAGUGCAUAGAGAUGUUUCCCCUAUUGAAUAUGCUCCCCAGAAGAAUGUUACAGUAGCAAUGACUGUGCUUUUCUGUGUAUUUCUUGCUGUUGGUAGUGUCUUGCCCCUAGUAUUCUCUUGAUGUAUCUUGGUGUGUGUAUAUGUGAUGCAUUUUUCCUGAAUUUGAAUACAUAAAACAUGUAUUCAGUUAUGGAUGUAAAUAUAUAUAUAUUUUUCUGCAA